AUGGAAUCAUUCUGUCCGCUUCUGCAAAUGGGAAGGGGUUACUUGUGGCCGCAAGCAUCAGAGAGUUUUACGUCUUUAAAUCUGCAGGGGCUGAGCUUGUCUGGGACCAUAUCUCCACAUGCAGGGAAUCUCACCUUCUUGAGGUUCCUCAGCCUUGGUGACAACAGAUUCCAUGGUGAAAUUCCUCGAGAAGUUGGUCACCUCUUCAGAUUGAGAUAUCUCAACCUGACGAAUAAUCAAUUGAAUGGUGAAGUUCCAGGUAACAUCAGCAAUUUCUCAGAGCUCAGGGUUGUAAGUUUGAAGAAUAACAACAUAGUGGGAAACAUCCCUGCUGAGCUGGGCUUUUUAAAGAAGCUUGUGAUUCUUCACCUCGGUAAAAAUAAUCUCACAGGAGAGAUCCCACAUUCCUUUGGAAAUCUUUCAUCCCUAAAAGAGUUUAGCUUAAUUUAUAAUCAUUUGCAGGGAAAGAUUCCAACUGAAUUGGGACACUUAACAAGCUUAACUUCACUCGGGCUCGGAUCUAAUAAUCUGAGUGGUUCAAUACCUCCUACCAUUUACAAUAUCUCAACUAUCAGUUACUUUGGUAUUACAUAUAAUCAAUUAAGUGGGAGUCUCCCAGCUAACAUAGGCCUAACUCUUCCUAAGCUGCAACUCCUGUUGUUGGCUCAAAAUGGAUUUUUUGGAACCAUUCCAGAAUCAUUGGCCAAUGCUUCACAGCUUCAGCUUAUUGACAUCUCUAACAACAGUUUCACGGGACAAGUUCCUGCCAAUCUGGGGAAUAUCAAGGGUCUUCAACAGCUUCAUGUGGAGUUCAAUUUCUUGGGCAGUAAUACAAGUCAAGAUUUGAGUUUUGUACCAUCUCUGGCCAACUGCAGGAGUAAUCUACAACAACUAUAUUUUGAUGGUAACAAUUUUGGUGGUGUAUUACCUAGCUCCAUUGGCAAUCUGUCUAACCUUGUCCAAUUAGGCCUAGGACGAAAUCCAAUAUCAGGAACAAUCCCAGAAGAGGUAGGGAAUCUUGUCAAAUUGUUUCGAUUAGAUAUGGAUGGAAACCUUUUUUCGGGUAGUAUCCCCGUUUCAUUUGGAAAGCUGCAAAAGCUGGAAAGGCUAACCUUGAACCAAAAUCUACUUUCUGGAGAAAUCCCAUUUUUCCUAGGUAACAUCACCAAGCUAUAUUGGCUUCAGUUAGAAGGAAACAAAUUCCAAGGAAAUAUAACUCCAAGUCUUGGAAACUGCCAAAAUCUUCGUUUUCUAGAUUUCUCAAGAAAUAAACUGACGGGCAUCAUACCCAACCAAAUCCUUGGCCUUUCUUCUCUAUCAGAAACUCUAAACUUAUCACAGAACUCAUUGACAGGUCCCUUACCCUCAGAAGUUGGCAACCUGAGAAGUAUUAAUGCAUUGGAUGUCUCAGAGAACAAACUAUAUGGAGAAAUUCUAAGACAAUCGGUGAUUGUUCCAGGCUAG